AUGACAGCGACGGAGGACGUGGUGACGGACGGCGACGCGACGCAGAUGUCGGAGGCGGGCGACUGCGCGAAAAUCGGCGGCACGAAGGAGACCAAGUACCUCGAAGCGGCGGCGCUGGACGCGCCGAGAGUGGGCGAAAUGCCGCUCAGUGGCAUGAGGCGAGACGGUGGGGGUGCGGAGGCGGGCGCGGGCAACGGCGGCGGCAGUCUGGCUGCUAGUGGCGAGGCCCAUAUGUCGGCUAGGGCCGGCAGCCCUGCGCGCAAGGUCGGCGAGGCCGAAGAGACCAUGGAAGUCGACGAGCAGGCGGGCACCGGCGAGGACGACGACGUCGGCGAGGAGGAAGAGGAGGAAGAGGAGAGUGCAGCGUCUUCUGCGAGGAACUCGCCCCUGCGCGCCAGUGACCAGCCCGUCCGGGAGGACGAGGCCAUGGAGGAAGUCCCCAUCCGGGAUCCUCCGGCCGGGCACACUCCGACUGUCACUGCGGCUAUCUCCAGUCUGCUCUCGCUGGAUGAGGCGGUCGAGCACACGCGGUCUGGCACUCUGCCGUCGUCCCAUCCGGGACCUCGCGGCAUUGAGAACAGCUUGCCUGCGCGUCACAUCCUCCCGCCCAAGCGUCCUGGUGAUGGCAACUCCUACCUGGUCGGCGUUCCUGCACACCCGCUGGCGUAUCAGUCCGAGCGCUACGUCCAGGAGGGGUAUGGCGGCACGGAGGCGCUAGCAAUCUUCGACGGCUUCUCCGCUCAGGAUCUCCACGACUUGGGCAACCUGGUUGGCAGUCAGACGGAGCUGCGCAAUAAUUUGCUGCGCCCGCAUGCCAACCGGGAAUCUCCCAGGCUGCCGCAGCUCGAGGCCACCUUGAACUCAUUGCUGUGGCGCCGGGAGUCCGCCUCUGUGCUGGCCCAGUUCCCAGCCGGGCGCUUCGCGGAGAGGCUCUUCUUCACGACGUCCCUGCUCCACCGUAUCCUCGACCGGGCACGGCGUGGCGACAUCCCCAUUCAAGGGCCGGUUGAGGUAUCUCCCGGCGGGGGCGCCACCCUGCAACAGCGUUACGACAGGCUUGUCGACGAGCACCGUUUCCUGCAGAUGUAUCACCAGCGGGAGGUGGCUGCACUCCGGGCGGAGAAGGUGGAACUCCAAGCCCAGCUGGAGAAUGACUUCGCCUUGGUGGCGCAAAGCCAUCUGGAUGAGGAAAACUCGCUGCGCAACAAGGUCACCGAGGCCGAGGCCAAGCUCGAGCGGGCAAUCUUGGCCGUCCAGCGUCUGCGGGUCAUCAGCCAGGAGGAUGCGUUUUACACCGACCGGCUGAUGCGGUUCCUCAACCAAGGUGGGGCUGCCACUCGCGGUCGAUGGCCCAGGCUGGUGCGUCCGCUGCGGCACUUCCAACGGGGGUCCAUACCUCCUGCACACUGGGUCACCAACAUCACCGUCGAGGCUGCCGACCGUCCGUUCAGGAUGAUCCCGCCCUAUCCGGGCCCGGUCGACCCGGACAUGGAGGACGAUGAUGACAACUACCAGGCAGGCGAUGGACACGGCGGCCAGGAUGGUGACCGUGAAGAGAAGUCGGAGGACAACCCACCCACCCCUCUCCGUUCGGACUUCCCGCCUGCGGAUGCGUCUCCGUCCAAACCCAAGCGGCGUACAUCCAGGGGGUCUCGUUCGGGGUCAUGUCCACGUGGUAUGACCGAGCUUUCCAGCAAGGGUGGGCCGGUGUACGUCCAAAUGCGACCCACGGUCCACCCGGGAUCUGAUGUGCUCCCUCUGUCACCCCAGACGGACUUCAAGCGCCUGAUUUCCGGCUGUGCUGCAUCGCUGCCAGAGUUUGUCCCUUGGUCGGAUGUCCGGCUGGAUGUCCAGUUCGUCAUGUGGAUGGACCAUGGGUACGAAGAGGCCUUGGACAUCCUCCGUCAGGAUUGUCCGGCCCACCAGUAUUUCCCAAAGCCUUGGCUGCUGGAGAUGCUGGUCAAGAUGAUGUACCAUGGCACCCUGGACGACACCCUCUGGACGCGUCAUGUUCCCGAGACCUUCUACAAGAUGGCUGCGGUCAUGCUCCAGGGUCGUCUCCGGUCGGGUAUGUAUCUGGAGGAGUUUCCGCCACUGCGCAACUUGGCCGAGGAGGCUGCUGCCGAGAUGGAGAUCGUCGAAGUUGACGGCUCCAGUGAAAGUGACGACUCUCGUGACCCCGACUACGAGGACAAGGCCAAGACGUCUCCAUCUGGGAAGAGCGCGGAUGGGCCAUCCAAGGCGGAGUCCAUUGACGAGAGCAGCUCGUCGGAUAGCGAAACCGAUGAGGAGAAGCCGUCCAAGACCAAGCGCAACCCCAAGCGGAACCGCGUUCAGUCAUCUUCGGACAGCUCCACUGAGGACGAGCUCCAGUCGUCUUCCUCAUCCCAGCGUCGGUCUCCCCGGUUGUCGUCCCAGAAGGAACCCCGGUCUCCCCGGUCGAAGUUCGUGCUGCAGGAUAAACCUGAUCGACCUUCGUCCAAGAAGAACCCAAAAAAACGCAGCCGGACGUCGAAACCCAAACGGGAGGGUGGCAAGUCGCCCCUGGCACAGAAGUCUUACGAGGACCUGAACAGCAGGGAAUUGGCGAUCAUCGAGACCCCAUCUGGGGACAUUGUCUCGUGGCGUCGUCGUGGUGUCGGCACUCGUUUCUCUCCGAAGAAAGGUGGCAUCGAGGGCCAGACGCCUGGGUUUCCUAACUACGCACCUCAGCAGCCUGAGACCAAGUACCUGGUCAGGCGUUGGCCUGCAGUCGAAGAUGAGUAUGCGGCCCUGGUCGAGAAGGAACCCUGGCUGGAGAUGUUUAACAACCGGGUCAAGGUCCUGUACUUCCACCGCCGGGACCAACUAUCCCCAGCUGUGAUCCGCAUCCUGGACCAACAUACCAAGCCUGAAGACGACGAGAAGUGCGACGACCUCACGAUCUACGAUCGGGCUCAAGAUCUCCACCGCAAGCGCCAGGCACUCCACCACGGUGUUGCGCGCACCUUCGAGGCCCGCAUCAAGCGUCUGAUCAAGGCCGGCAUGCCGAAAACGAUGGUCUGGGAGCCUGGAUUCUGGUUGUACCCGUGCAAGAUCUGCUACCUGUACGUGGUCGACGAAUCAACCAAGAAGGACGAUGGCACGCGUUACACCCUGGCUGACCAGAUCGCGAUGGCUGAACUCGAAGACCCCGGCCGGACUCAGUGGACUACCUGUACGGAUGACGAGCGUCUGGCGCACGUCCCAGCCAAGAUCGUCGACAAGAUGCUGCUUCCAGAGCACGAGCGCGUCAACAACUGGGUCUCGACCAAGUUCCAGUGA